GCCCCGCCCGCACCACCACCACUCUCCGCUCUCUCUUUUAUCUCUAUGGUUCCUUCUCGAGCGUCCCUUUGACUUAGUUGUCUAUGGUCUUCCGCACCCAAUCGAAAGCAGCCGAGCGCUCCCGAAGCGCAUGCGCCGCUCCGCUCCUUCCGUCAAACCCGGCUGGGCCGUCCCGAGGUUGCGGUGCAUGUUGGGAUACUGGGGGUUCUGCUGCUUUUUCCUCUCUGGGGGGUCUGGGCUGAGGUUGCGGCUGCAGAGAUGGUGAGUAGGGGAGGGGGAGCAGGAGAGGAGGGAGGGGGGACAGUCGGCAAUAAUAACAAUAGUGCUGGUAGUAAUAAUAGUGGCAGGGAUAGGGAUACUCUCCCUCCCACUUCCUCCGCCGGCCCCCGCCCCUCCGCCGGCCCCCUUCACCCUUUUCUACACCCCCCAUACCCCAGGUUUAAGCAUCUCCCUCCCGACCCCCAGCGCCUCCUCCCCCCCCACUCCGCCCCAUCUUCUUCAUAUAUUCAUUUCUUUUUGCCCUCUUACCCUCCAGUCCCCCUGUUCUCUGCCUCCCCCUCACCCCCUACCAUCUUAUUUCGUGGCAACCAUCCCUUUCCCCUUUUUGGGUGGCAACCCUUUCCGGCCCCCCUCAGUUUCCCUUGUCCAAACGGGAGGAGGUCCCUCCGCGUCUCGUCCUCUUCUUCCCUUUCCUGUUUCCCUCUCUGCCCAGCAUUGGGUGUGUGCGCUCCCUUGUUGUUGUUCACACUAAUAAUAGCGUCCAGGCGGUGUUUUUUUUAAUCCUCCCCUUCCUCCAUGAAGCCCAGGGCCGUGUUUGUGGUUCUGCUCCGGCCCCCGAAAUUUAAUGCUUGCAACAGCCCUGUGUGGUAGGUUGGGCUGGGAAGGGAUGAUUGGCACACGGUCGAGCAGGAAGUUUCACAGUCCCCGCCCCUUUUUUCUGGGAGAAUCUGAACUCUAGCCCCACUCUAGAAUGCACCCAUGACACCCAAUGACCUGGUUAUAGUCCUUUCUGUCUUUCUGCAAAGCGUGCCUCAUUUCUACUGUCACCCACCCACCAACAUCUAUCGUGUGUUGGUAAUUCUGGCAUGCCACAAAUGCACGUUAACACACACAGACUAUGGUUGCAUUGUGUUGUGGAGCAUCACUAGCAAAUAGGGAAGAGGAUGAGAUUCCUGUGUUAGGUGACCUCUUAUCUAAGAUUUCCACCCACUCCCUAGUAAGGUUAAAUGAGCUGUUUGACACUUCUCAAGCAAGGUUGUCCAUGCUGCUUUAUGUUGACAAAAAAGCCAAGAAGAAGUUGAGGGGAGUGGAAAAUGCAUUCAAUGAUAUUUCAGGAUUACAGGAGUGACAAGGAAAGGUUGAAGAGCCUGAGUGCUCUUAGUUUGUGGAGCAGGAUGGGGGAAUAAGACUUUUCAAUAUAAGAGGUUGCUUGAAGCAGGAUGUCAACCUACAGCCACUGAGAGUUGGUGAGAGAAAGCUGUAUUUGUUCUAUUAUUGUUUUUGUUGUUAUUUUACUCCAUCCUUCUUUGGGCUUCAAGGGGUGGGACAGGACUUGGGUCUCAUCCUGUCCUAUAGUGGGUCAAGACACCAAUCUUUUCUUGUUUCCAAAUUAAACUUGAGAGAAGGGGGGAAGUGUUUGAAGGUGGCUUCUGUGUCUGAAAAUGCAGAAGACAAUUGCUCUAGGGAGCUGAGGGAAGCAUACACAGUCAUUCUCACCCCACCCCACCCCACCCCACGCAAUGUUAUCGUCAAAACCACACUGUGAGGUAUGGUAGACUAAAGGAAAGUGACUAGCCUAAGAUCACCCAGUCAGCAGGAGUGUCAUACAGAUUUUCUUACUCCGGGAGAUGUAACCAGCAAAGGAUUGGUUUGUGUAGAAUGGGUUGAUUAAGCAUCAGAUAAGAGAGGCUUCCUUUCAUGGUGAAGGGGAAGCUAAAUGGCCUUUCAGGGACCCUCAAAUUCUUAAUGGAAAGGUAUCCAAGACAGUCCUAAGAUUUUCAACAGAGGAGAAAAGACUUCGGAUUACACCUCAAAGAAAAUGAGGUGGAAAAUGAUGCCCACAUAUGUGAGAACAAAGGCUAAUGUGGAUACUUGAAAUUAUGUAUCUGCAUUAUAUGCAGUGUCAAAACUGCUACACUACCUAUUGUGGGGUAUUAUUGAUUUAGAAUUUGUCAGCCCUAAAGAGGAAAGAUGUUGAGUCUUCCCCUGAAACAAGAUCCAGUGAACAGAUUUAGAAAUCAAAAUACUGGGCCGAUGGGGAGGAAACAGUCUGCAUUUGGAGCUCUUUAUCACUGUUGUUACCGUAUUUCAGUGCAUGAACAUUUGACCUUGCAAUAAUGAGACAAGUUGGGGUUCUUUCAGUUUCAACAUGAAUGAAGACUGUUCCAUGCUAGUUUAACUUCUUAAAGGAUAUUUAUUUAUUUUAUUUAUGAAUUGUUUCCUAUGAAACAUCUGAAAGUGAUUUAAUUAAAAUACAAUAAAAACAUUAAACCACUGCAUAUGUAAAAAAUAAUUUCGGAUCCCAUUAGAAUAAAAAAAAACCUUCACUUAGAAGGCUAGUUGAGAGAAGUAAGUCUUCCACAGGUGCUGAAAAGCCAAUAUAAACACCACAUGAUGUGCAGCAGUUGCUGUCCAUUGAGCACUUUGACUUGCAUACCUGCAAAAUGCUGGUUAGUACCAUGAAAACAUGGUAUUAACCUUGUUUACCCAAAUUCAAAAGAAAUAAGUUACACCUGGAUGCUGUCAUUGUGCCCGGGGCAUGUUGCACCUUGUGCCAAAAGAAUUUUAAGGACUAGUCUACACAUGCAGCAGAAUGAGUUGGUUGGAUACUGAGGUGGUAGAGCAGACUUUACCACAUCAGGACGCAGGUGGGACACCACACUUUGGACUGCUCCUCCAUGUAAAAACGCCCUGAAAGCAGAAAACUAGAACACCAGAAAUGUUUUCUAACAAAAGUGGAGUUGUUUUUUGUUUUUAAACUUGGGGGGGGUUGAAAAUGUUGCUUUUUCCCCACCUACAGUCUGAAGUGGUUCAGUGCCUUCCACCAACUUGUACAGCUUUCAGGGUGUCUUUGUUUGGUUCAAACAACUGUUAAGGAGAAGAUCACCUUCAUUGCAUGCAAAAAAAAAUCCUGGGUUGGUGUCUCCAGUUGAAAGGAUUGGGGAGAUGGUGGUGGGAAAAGCUGAAGCCAUAGAAAGCCAGUGUCAGUCAGAGCUGAGCUAAUAGGUCAAAUAGUCAGACAUAGUAUAAUGCAGGUUUCCAUAGUUGCUCCAACCUGUAAAUAGCCACUCAUAUGGACACUUGUGAAAGGUCAUAACUGCCUUUAUGGAAGUGAGUAGGAACGCUCUUGAGAACUUAGAGGUUCUCUCUUCUUUCUUUUUAAAGUUAUAAAUGGCUUCCAUGGCUCAAGCUCCUGAAAAGGUGUUGUGCAUCAGAGAAUACUUGCUCACCAUCCAUUGCCACUUUUCCAUUUGACAGGACGUCUUUUUAAUGAUCCGACGUCACAAGACGACCAUCUUCACAGACGCCAAGGAGUCCAGUACGGUGUAUGAGCUGAAAAGAAUUGUUGAGGGGAUACUUAAGAGACCCCCAGAAGAACAAAGGCUAUACAAGGUAACGGGGGGCGCUUUUUCUCACUGCAGAGCAUACCCCAAUAUCCCCUCUAUUGCAGCUAUUAUAAUAACGGCUGGUCUGGUCAACUUUUGUAUAUGGUGUGGGUGGAGAGAGAGAUAAUGUCCUUUGCCUAGGCGGGCAAAAUUAUCUCAGGGCCAACCCUGGGCAGCGGUGAUGCCCCUGGGAUUCCCCCUCGUCCUUAGUCCCUGCCCUCUCAGGGUAAUGCCACUGCCCACAAAUGGAGUAGAGCAGAGCUGAAGGCUGUGGGGGGCCUUCCCAUUGUGAAAAGCAUAGGGUUGCGGAUUUACCAAACACGUUGGCUUAAUUUUUCCCUCCGCUCCUCUCACAGCCUGCUGGAAUGCCCCAGAACAAGUCUUGAAAUAUCAGCUCUACACUUCAACCCUACUGUUGCUCAUUAAACACCCAUCCCCAUCACUCCCCCCCCCCCAGGAUGCAUGCUGUUGUGACAGUGGUGUGUGCCUUUGCAUGCUCCAAUCUGUUAUGGGGCCACAUUGCAGCCUGUCCUCACAGAGGCAAUCUCUGCUGUUCUUUACCCACCCCACUGCAGCAGAAGUUGUGUUGUGCUACCAGGUUAGUUUUUGGGGGGUUUUUUGCAUUGCUAAGAUUUAAUUUGUUGUGCAAUUGCCACUUCACCCUCCAGGAUGACCAACUGUUGGAUGACAGCAAAACCCUCGGAGACUGUGGCUUCACCAGCCAGACAGCACGACCUCAGGCCCCAGCAACAGUUGGCUUGGCCUUCAGAGCCAGUGGUGAGUUGGGGUGUUUUGCUUUCUAGAUUUGGGAAGGGGAAGGAAUAAAAAUUAUUUGUUCCAUGCAUCUGUUGUUUGCCCUACAAUUUGGGUACUUUUAGGCUGACUAGCCAUUAAAUCACCUGUUGCCAUUCACGUUGGUGGAAAUUAUCAGGGCACCCGUUGCCUUGUGCAGGAAUGAAUCGGUGGGAAGAAUCUGGAUGCUGCCAAAUCCUUGGCUUUUUCUCAUGACCCUUUUUGACAAGGCGAAUAGUGCGUAGCUGCUGCUGCUUUGGGGCAGAAAGCUGUCUUGCAGCGCAAAGGAAUAUGGGGAAAGCCGAUAGGUAGUUUCUUUCCCCUUAGUUUGCAGGAGGCAAAGCAGAGAAAUGCUACAAUAAUUUCACCCAAUUCAAAGCAUCUGUGUGAAACAGUAUAGAAGUAAAAUCCUCUUUUUAAGAAAGACUUGUGUUGGGGCUGAUGUGGGAGUAAGCAGCUGCUAUUUUGCAUCACUCUCUGCUCACCCAUGCCUUUACAAAAGCUUUCAGCUCAGGGGUUGGAAACCUCAGGCCUGGGAUACAAAUGCGGUCCUCUCUGCCUGGUCUUCAGAACUCUUCCCCAGGACACAUCCGUGCACCAGCCAUGCUUUGCAUCCUCCUUGUGUCUUUUUGACUGUCUGAAACCUGUCCUUGAACUUGCGGCGAUGCCUCUCGUUUGCCUAGAUAGAAAGGGGUGUGCGAGUGUGUGUUGAAAAUUAGCCUACUGUGCAAAUGGAAAAUUUGCCUUUGUUGCUCUGCACUCUUUGACCGCAGGCCUUGUCCACCACCCUUGGGCCGCUCUUGGUUGACUUUUGGAAUUGUUUGGUUCCAGCCUUGCUAGUUGACAGCUUGCACAAAUUCAAACUUACUGUGUCGUCUUCUCCUCUUUCUCCUCUCGUGCAGAAGAUGCCUUUGAGCCCCUCCGCAUUGAUCCCUUCUCCAGCCCCCCGGAGCUCCCAGACGUGAUGAAGCCCCAGGACUCUGGCAGCAGCGCCAACGAGCAAGCGGUGCAGUGAGAGGCCAGAGGGAGACGGAGCGAGCUGCACAACCCGUGGCGCCCCUUCCCCACCACCCACUCCCUCCCUCAACCCUCCAGCGUGGAGAGAGACAUGGCACUGUCCCACCCCUCCAAUCCAGCUCCCCCUUUUACUCCACCCCUCUCUAUACAAGACCACACCUCCUUCCAAGCCCCUCCCCACUCAUCAAACAGAGCAAUGUUUUCAUUUUUGGUUUUGGAAACAAUAAAAGUUCAGCUGGU